CAACCUUUUUUCAUUCAAAGCAAGUCAAUGUUGAAUUUCACAAGUACAAACGUAAGUACUCCCUUCCCACGUGCACAGUGCCACGUGACAUAAACGUAUAUGACGCCUGCAUUGCUGUCGAAACUCUUCUCACAGGCACGGUUUCGAAACUGACACCGACGCAAACGUCAGCGUUCAGUGAGUUUCCGACGUCAAUGGUGAAAACCCUGAAACCCUAAUCAUAAAACCCCUUCCAACAAAGUUUCCACCGGCUUCUUCACUAACCAUGGACUUCGAUCAACACCUAACGGAGCUUUCCGCUUCUUCGCCAUGCAUUCCCUCUGGCGAGGACUUCCAUUUCUACUACAAAUUCACGGAGUUCCGACGCCCGAUAGAAGAAAUCGCGCGGAGGACACAGUCGAUGCUCAACAGAAUUGGUUCCGCAGAGAAUAUUUGGGGCAGAGGCUCGGCAUUUCCCGCUGACGUGGACGACGCGUACGAGUGGCUUGUGAAUGCGAACGACGAUGUUUUCGAGCUGGUUGAUGAGUUGGUGGACGAGUUGCGGAGGAUUAUGAAGGAGGAGGGAGUGGAAUUUGAAAACGAGUUGGAGGAGAAGACAAAAGUGCCGUUUCAUAUACCGACGAUCAAGAAGCCUCAGUAUGCGUAUAAUAUUGUUGUUGAUAAUGCAAACCAGCCUUUUGAGCAUGUUUUGUUGGAGAAAAGUGAAGAUGGUCAGCGGUUUAUUCAUCCACUGGAGAAAUUCUCUGUUUUGGAUUUUGUUGAUAAAGAAAAUAUUGAGGAUAUUUUGCCAAUAAAGUCUCUGUCAAUAGAAUGCACCCCUUUCAAGCUUGUAGAGGAAGUCAAAGGAUUGAAGGAGUUGGCUGCUACGCUGUCUACAGUUAAUGAAUUUGCGGUGGAUUUGGAACAUAAUCAUUAUCGGUCAUUCCAAGGUUUGACUUGCUUAAUGCAAAUCUCAACCAGGACUGAAGAUUUUGUUAUAGACACUUUGAAGGUUCGUAAUCAUGUUGGACCAUACCUGAGGGAAGUCUUCAAGGACCCUACCAAGAAGAAGGUCAUGCAUGGAGCUGAUCGUGAUAUUUUGUGGCUGCAACGGGAUUUUGGCAUUUAUGUCUGUAAUAUGUUUGAUACUGGCCAGGCUUCUAGAGUGUUAAAAAUGGAGAGAUACAGUUUGCAACAUCUUUUGCAACACUUCUGUGGGAUUACUGCAAACAAGGAAUACCAGAAUGCAGAUUGGAGAUUACGCCCUCUUCCUGAUGUGAUGCUGAGAUAUGGCAGAGAGGAUACACACUAUCUGCUCUAUAUAUAUGAUUUAAUGAGGAUCAAAUUGUUUACAUUGUCUAAGGAGUCUGAAGGUUGUGAUAAUCCUCUACUGGAGGUUUAUAAGCGCAGUUAUGAUAUCUGCAAGCAGUUAUAUGAGAAGGACCUGCUGACAGAAAACUCGUUCCUUCAUUUAUAUGGGUUGCGAAGGGCUGGUUUUAAUGCUCAGCAGCUUGCUGUUGUUUCAGGGCUCUGGGAAUGGCGUGAUGAUCUUGCACGUGCAGAUGAUGAGGGGCCUGGUUAUGUAUUGCCAAAUAAAAUUAUUCUUGAAAUUGCUAAGCAGAUGCCUGUCAUUAUAAGCAAUUUACGGAGAAUAGUAGGAAGGUCAAAGCUCCCAUAUGUUGAGCGCAGCCUUGAUGUCAUUGUUAACAUUGUCAGACAUUCUAUGCAAAAUGCUGCUGCCUUUGAAGAGGCUGCACUACGUUUGAAGGAAGAACAUGCGGCAAGUUUGUCAAAUGUAGUACCCAUUAAGGAUGGAACUGAAGUACCUCAGACGCAAAACUUAAAGAUUGGAGGCGCAGCAACAGAAAGCAUUGGAGUUGAAAAUGACACCUGUAUUGAUAUCUCGGAGAAUUGUUUUUCUCCUGACAUGGAGGAGGAAUGUUUUCAGCAUGAAGAUAAAGAUGGACAAGGAAAAGUUAUUGCACUCUCUACAGCGAAGGGCAAUGGAGAGGUGCUAAAACUGCCUACUGGAGCUAUUGAUGCUCCACUUCUGGGCUAUCCAAUGUCAGAAUGGAAGCCACGUCCCAACAAAAAGGUCAAGGAGGAGAUCAAGCUAGAACAGAUUGAACCAUCGGACAAUCUUCCAUCCCUUUUUGUUUUGGACAAUAGUGAGAAGCUAAAACUAGCAUCUGAAAAAUCAGACCCACAGAAGAAACCCGUUUCAGGUUCAGUUUCUACCUGCUCCCCUGUUGGGGUUGUAACGGUAAUGUCUGAUUCAGACUCGGAGGAUACGCCGCAGCUAAAGAACUCCAACAACUACCCAGGAAAAAAUUCUCUUGUGCCCAGGAAAAGAAGAUAAAAUAUGAGCCAAGGUCUCAGUCUGAAUUUUUAUCAAAUCUUGUGACAUUGUUUUCAGAAACAACUUAAAUAGAGAGGAGCUGGAGACAACCGAAGAAGAAUCCAGUGGCUUUUUAGCAGCUUUCUUUUGACGUUGAAGUGGAAAGGAGACAUGUCUCCCUUUGGAAAGGACAUAGAAAAUGCAUUUUGCCAGAGCGAACGUGACUCUAGCAAAAUCAAAAACUUCAACCCUAAACGUGGGGAAGAAGCAGUGAUUUUUUGACAAAGUAAUUGCUGCGAGGUAGAUGUUGGGUGUUUUCAGCUUCUGGGAUGCAAGGGCAGCAUUUGGGUGAUUAACUGAAAUUAGGUUGCAGCAUUAUCUUCCAUUUACAGAGAAAAACUGGUGUUGCCAUUAUCGGUAUCUUUGAAUAGUAAUGAAAAAUAUGAAAAACAGCUAUAUUUCAUUUUGCA